GUUUUUGAAAUGGGUUCAAGGCUCAAGCUGUCGGGGUGAAAGCCCUCAACCAGCUCUACAAGUGUCCAUAACUAUCUUUACAAUUCAGUGAGCUGUUGGCCAACUCUGGAGUUGCUCUUAUGCCAGGGGAGAUCAUAUCUGCUUCUGGAUUUCAUACCAAGUUCUGCGCUUAAUGAAUAAUCAUGCAUGAUCAGACAUUUUUGCCUUUUUGCCAACCUUUUGAAUAAGCAGAUGAAACCCGUUUUAGUUCUCCCAGCCGAAAGAUUUUAUUUGGGUCUAAUCUGCAGUGUCAUCAUUUUUGGUGUGUACAGAUAAUGACUAGAAUGAGUGUAGUUGGAAGAAGAAGCCUUCAUAAAACUGCGGCCCGCCAGCAUGCACAUACCUGUUCCAGACUUUGCCUUUUAACCAUGAACAGAAGUAGCACAGGUCUGAUUGAAUUGAAAUGUAAAGAAAGAAUGAGAGUCAAUUUCCAAUUAUAGUAAAAAAAAUUAAUAAAUAAUUUUAAAAGCCUGACUAAAGGCUAGGUCUGUUAGAGUGCACACACUAAAUUGGCAUACCUUUAGGUGGAUGGUUUUAGCCAGUUCUGCUGUUUUUUAUCAUUUGUAACCUCCAUGUGAAAUUGGGGUAUUUGUACAGUACUGCACACUGUAGUCUUGAGCCCAGAUGUUCUGUCGGUGAAGUGUCUGGAAAGAGUCGUUUCAGUGGGUGGGACUGGCAAACGCCAAAAAUCUGAUGUUCUUUAGCGUUAGUGUAGUUGGCUUGGACCUCUGCAUCCCAGUUGCCCAAUGUACAUGAAAUCACAAUUCAUCAAAGAAGUAAAGGACCAUUGGUUUACUAGUAAAGAACAUCCCUGGAGGUUUGGGUAGAUUUAACUCGCAUCGGUGUCAAUGUGGUCAAAUUCAUAGUGCCGUGAAGUUAUACGAAAAAUAUGACUUACAGUGCUUCCAUAUUUACAAGGUAUUUUGUUAUGUUGGGGUCAAAACUGUUUUCUGCGCGCCAUCACAUCUGUUUAAGAGGAUUGGCAGUUCCCUCAUGACAUCUUAUCGCCUUUGGGACCGAAGAAAGAUUAGAUUGGAUUCAAUUUAGUGAAAUCAGUUUAAUAAUUUCGGAGAAUGCGUAGGCUAGCUUUAAUUUAGAGGCAAAUAGCCUACCUCCGUAGGUAUAGCAUGUCGCACUAGCCUUAUGUAGCUAGUAAAAGGGACAGGAUUCGCCUCUGUGUACAUCUAUACACCUAGUAGGCUGAAUAUCAAAUGUGGUAUACUAGCAUUCGUAUUGGGUGUGUAGUUUUGCCCAUACAGUCAAGCUACGCCCUCUUCUCGACGCGUAUUUAGCUCGUUGGACUGUGUACUACCAGAUCAGAUCAAUCGGACUCCACCGCAGGGUAAGUUGCUUUAUUACAUACAAGUUCAAGUUCUUGCUUGCUCCGUUUUGCUAGCCUACAUGCGAAAACGUCCCACGGACAGUGGCAUAAAGCUUUUCCGAUUUAGCCUACGUAUGCCAUUGGUCUGCUGCGUUGAUGAAUAGGUUACUUGUUUUAGGGAAUGUGUUUUUCAUUAAAUUAGUGGGAAAUGCCUCACUAAUAUGCGGUGUAAUAUCUGAUUAAGUGUUACAGGCUACUGUUGAAAACUCGUGACAUUACGGUAGCCGAUGCAUACGUGAUCACUGGCUGGUCCAACGGGUCCGACGGGACUACAUUUUGACCGGUGGCUGUGUAGAUAGCGUACAUUCAUUUAUGUCCUCAUAACCGGGUUAUUCUGCUGCACGUGAGGGAAGAACAUGCUACACAUGGAUGAUAGCGUAGGCUACUAAUGGGUGGUUAAUAUUCUUUAAAAAUGUGAAGGGAGCAGCGGCCUUUUUCACCAGAACCGCUGUGCAUGUCCGUGCUGAACCAUAAUAAUCCUAAUACAAUUUUUUCAAGAGCACCACGGAAGUAAAACAGUAACAUGCACCCUUCAAAACUAGCAAUGAGAAACUCUCGGUACUGUAUAGGUAUGGGGCAUGCCAUCCCGCUAAGUUAUAUCUUAAAAUCUGUGAACAGAAAUAUUUUUAAUUUCUUAAUUUUUAUUACACAAUUAUUUGAAAUGAACACAAUUAUCUGAGGCACUACAAAAAACCAACUUUACUGACUACAAUAUGCAAAGAAGACAUGUUGGAGGAGUGGGAAGCCUGAACUCUCAGCACUAUCAGAUUUUAAUUUUUUUUAAAUGUCUGAUUGACUAUGCAAAUAUUUUGGUAGUCAUACUUCAAGCCUGUACUAAGUUUGUACUGUACGAUUAAUUUUGUAAACAACUCUUCAAAAUAUAAUUAAACAUACUGUUUUGUUAAAAUUCUUUUUCAUUAAAAAUUCAGAAUUUUUUCAUUUUUAUUACACCCUUCUUUCAAACUGAAUACAAUUUUCUGAGGCACUACAAAACAAACUUUACUCACUACAUUGUCUGCGAUGAUAUCUUCACAUUCAGAGAAUGGGUUACAUUUUCAGAAGUGCCUUUUUCACACCGCACAGCCUACACAGUAAUAUGAACGAAUGGUGAAAGUAGGUGAAUGCUGACAGGCCUGUUCUGUGAGAUUAAAAAUGCAUGCACAUACGCUGGCAGCCAGUCUCAAACGCAGAUGUACAGCUUUUGUCUUCUGGAGGUAAGCGAGCGCGGAAUCGGCGAGGAUGAUGUCUGGCCCGGCCCCUGGCCCCCUGCUCACGGUGACGUCUGGACCGGCCCCUGGCCCCCUGCUCACGGUGACGCCCUCCCGGGCUCUGGUGGAUGAGAAGUUUGAGGUUGUGGUUCGGGAGCUGCGGUCGGGACAGGGGGUCACUCUCCACGCCCUGCACCAGUCCGAGGACGGGGACUUCUGGGAGGCGUUCGGACACUACGUCAGCGACGCGCAGGGAACCGUCACAGCUGCAGAGCAUGCCAGUGUGGGAGGCUCGUACCUGGGCAUCGAGCCCAUGGGGCUGCUCUGGAGCAUGAGGCCGGUACCUGGGAGCAGACCCGGACUCAGGUUGAGGAAGAGGGACGUCUGCUCUCCGAUGCUGGUCCACCUGUCCGUGCACAGAGGCCACGUCAGCCAGGGCUUUCGGGAGGCCACGCCCCUGGCCUGCGCUGUCGCCGAGCGCUGGUAUCUGGCCCCCGGCGUGCGCAGGGUGGAAGCCAAUCAGAACGGAGUCAAAGGGACCUUCUUCCUGCCACCAGGCCCUGGACCCUUCCCUGGUGUUCUGGACAUGUGGGGAGGAGGGGGCGGUCUGGUGGAGUAUCGCUCUGCCCUCCUGGCGUCACAUGGCUUUGUCUCCCUGGCGAUGGAGUACCUUCCUCUCAACAAACCUCUUGGCACACCUGGUGCUCUAACAAUCAGUUAUUUUGAGAAUGCCUUCAGAAUUGUGCAGGAGCACCCCCUGGUGGCCACUGACCGCGUUGCGCUGUUUGGCCUGUCUCUCGGUGCCACGGUGUCCAUAGCUUUGGCCUCAUACUCCAGAGUAGCACGGCCGGUGUGUUGCGUGUGCGUCAAUGGAGGGCACGUCCAGCCUCCCGAUGCGUCUGUGGAAGACGCAGUUGAUGAGAUAAGCAGACGCGCUGCGAAGAUCGAGGUCGAUGAGAACAAUCAUUUGAUUUGGAGGAAACUUGUUUUACCAAUCCCUGAGGACCCGUCGCGGAUAAUGCGCGUUGAGAAGAUCACGUGCCCGAUGAUGCUCGUCGUCGGACUGGACGAUCAGAACUGGGCCGCGCCAGAGUGCGCGCAGGAUAUGGAGAGGAUUAUGAAGGACGCAGGAAAGGGUGACCUGCUGACCGUCCUGUCGUACCCUGAGACAGGGCACCUCAUCGAGCCGCCCUACACACCCCACUUCCGCUCCAGCAACUUCAUCGUUCAGCACACCCGGGAGAAAGGUACCGUUUCCUGGGUAACCACACCCUUUACCUGGAGACAGGUACUGUUAGCUGGGUAACCCUUUACCUGGAGACAGGUACCGUUUCCUGGGUAACCACACCCUUUACCUGGAGACAGGUACCGUUUCCUGGGUAACCACACCCUUUACCUGGGGCGUGUUCAGCCCCGACAAAACGUAGCGAAACGUUUAUUUAAACGGAAACGGCGGUGCGCUGAACACCCUGUUGUGUUACACAAGCGUGGCAGCUAUGGCAGCUGAGAAGGCCAUCCUUUGAGUUCUUUUCCAAGAAUUUUCGGAGCCUGUUGAAAUCGGUUUAAAUACGUGUUUAAUACUAUAAAAUACUUACGACAAACAUGUCGUCUAAUGUCUUCAAUUGUUGCAUACACCCAGCUGCAGCGGACGCAUUUGUAAAGGACUUCAGUUGGAUCCAUUGUGCUCACUGCCUUUUUAAUACAGCAGGGUUUAUAUACACGUCGCUGCUGAUUGGGUAACACCUUUGACACGCCCACCAAAUGAGAGAAAACGUUCCUCAAAGCCCCUUUCACACACUUUCGAGGAAACAUGUCGUUCAACCCGAAAACCGUAGCGGAACGGUGCACACCGUUUUCAGACUGAACGUGCCCCUGGAGAAAGGCACUGCUAGCUGGGUCACCCUUUCCAAGGCCUCAGGCCGUCCACCGAUGUGCCCGACGGGCUGUGUUGAAUUUGAAUGUCACGCCUGGAGGGGCAGCUGUGGCCAGCAUUGCAGCCGAGCUCUCGAUAGGGACUCUCCACAGUCCCUUCAGUAAUGGGCUUGGGCUCGUGUGUGCCCUCCUGUGUUCAUAGAGGAGACUGCAGCAACAAGAGGAGCGUAGAGGUGUGUGUGGGCAGUAGGAAAAGACUUGUGAUUUAUUGAUUGGCUUUAAAUGAAGAAUGCA